AUGAGACGGAGAACUCGGAGAAGCCUCGUGAACAUUUGCUUCUUCGCCAUCGCUUUGUUUCUUAUCGUGUACCUCAACCGUCAUCAACCGAACAACAAAACCUACGCAUGGACUACAAUUCGCUACAGGACUACUUCUACCACGCUACCCAAGACUCGCGGCAUCUGUCCCGGCCUGGCAGGGAGCUCGAAGCCGGCACUAGUCGUGUCGCGAGUUGCAGCCGACGGCGACUCCAAUUGGCUCGAUGCGCUGGCUAAUUUAUAUCACCUAUGCGUUUACACUGCCGACGCACCGGCCGACAUACACAAGACGCAUUUGCAAGUCCCUGCAAACCGCGGGCAUGAGGCAAUGGCGUAUCUAACGUUUCUAAUCGACAACUACGCAGACAUCCCUGCAGCCGGUGCAGUAUUCGUACAUGGCGCGCGCUGGGCUUGGCAUAACGAUGCCCCUGACUACGACAACGCAGCUCUACUCAUCGCUCUCAAUGUUUCUGCGGCGCUCGCGCCGUCGGGCUACCAUAAUCUGCGUUGCGACUGGAGCGCCAGCAUGUGCUCGUCCUCUUCGGCGCCGCCGCAGGGCAGCCUGGAGACAGUUCUGAGCGCUAUGCUGGAGCCGUGGAACGCCCGCGCGACAUCUGAUGCGGCGCUGCCGCGCGCUUUCGCGGCUCUGUUCGGUGGUGAUGGGUCUGCUGUGGGUUUGGGCUCCAUCGCCGAUGAGUACGCCUCGUCCAAAGAUGGUGGGAGACUUCUUCUAGGUCGAAAUGAUGCCGUCCGCGCGCAGUGUUGCGCGCAAUUUGUCGUUGCGCGCAAUCGUGUAUGGCAGCAUUCCCGUGACGAGUACGUCGCUUUGAGACAAUGGCUACUCGACGGGAGCAGCGACAGUGGUACGGACGAGCACUCACAGAGUAGAAGUGUUGCACCGCGUGACGACCGAAUCGCAGGCCGAAUCUUGUCGUAUCUCUGGCACAUCCUGUUUAUGCAGCAAGGUGAAUCUAACGCUCAGACCUCGUCACCUGGUGCAUACCGAGGUGUCGACCUAGAGCGGCUCAAUACCCUAGCAUGCCCGCGCGCUGACGACUGCUACUGCCGCUUAUAUGGGCGUUGCGGUCUUGAAGGUUGCAAUACUCCGGGUCAUUGCCACGGACAGUAUACCUUGCCGCCGGACUUCCGACUUCCCGAUAAUUGGAUGGCCACGCAUUCGUAUCCGGGACCCAUUCCGAAACCGCCCAAACAAUCAUCGACUCGCAACCGCAAAAUCACAUACAUGGGACCUAUUCGCGAGGAAGAGGAGGAGGAGGAGGACCUGGUGGAGAUAGAGGCCCGCACCAAAACCAAGCGAGCAAGAGGCCUCUCUAGCUCAGCGAUUCCCUCAGCACCUCCCAUACCACCACCUCCCGGCGGUGGAGGCAGCUUUGGUGGUCGCCUGACCAAAGAUGCCGAAACGAAAGAGGGCGACGAGAACAAGGAGCAGAAUGGGACGGAGGACGAAGUCGAAGCUGAAGUCUGCUUUAUAUGUGCUUCGCUUGUGGUCCACAACUCUGUUGCCCCUUGUAAUCACCGGACUUGUCAUAUCUGCGCCUUGAGGUUGAGGGCUUUGUAUAAGACGAGAGCAUGCGCUCAUUGUCGGACGGAAGCCAGAUUCGUCAUAUUCACUGAUGAUGCCACUAAGCGUUACGAAGACUUUGUUGAGGCGGACUUCCAAGAGACCGAUGAAGUGCUGGGUAUCAAGUACGAGCAGAAAGAAAUCCACAGUGACACAAUACUUUUACUUCGGUACAAUUGCCCUGACGAAAGCUGCGACAUUGCCUGUCGGGGAUGGCCGGAUCUUCACCGUCAUGUCAGGAGUAUCCACCACAAGGUCCUGUGUGAUCUAUGUACAAGGAAUAAAAAGGUCUUUACACACGAGCACGAGCUGUUCACACAACAAGAUCUGAAGAAGCAUGAAAAGUUCGGAGACGACCAUCCCGGGGCCGUAGACCAAAGCGGUUUCAAGGGACAUCCAGAAUGCGGCUUCUGCAGACAGCGGUUCUAUGGAGACGACGAGCUGUAUACGCAUUGUAGAGAUAAGCAUGAGAGGUGUCACAUCUGUGAUCGUAGGAAUCCAGCAAGGCAACAGCAGUACUACGUGAAUUACGAUUCAUUGGAGCAACAUUUCAGGAAAGAUCAUUUUUUGUGUGCAGAUCAAGAGUGCAUGGACAAGAAAUUUGUUGUCUUCGAAUCCGCGAUGGAUCUCAAGGCGCAUCAACUCGAAGCACAUCCCAAUGGUCUGACCAAAGAUGCCAGGAGAGAUGCUAGGAGAGUCGACAUCUCGGCCUUCGACUAUAGGACUCCGCACCAAGACAAUCGAGGAGGCAGGAGAGAUAGAGAGGGUAGAGAGGGGAGAGGCAGAGGAAGGGGCAGAGAUCCCAACACUGAGGCUCUCCCACAGUCAACCGCACAACCUUUGCGUAGAGAUGAGCUCGCUUAUCAGAGGCAAAUGGCAGUCCAAAGUGCUCAGUCAGCCACUGCGAGGACCUUCGACGACCAAAUGGCCUCUACCGACGCAUACGCUGCGAGGCCCACAGGCCGAGUUCAAGACAUAGUCACAGCACCUAGGAAUCAUACUACCACAAACAGCUCGUUUCCAGCCAUAGACAAUCUCCGUCUCGACUCCGCCGCUAAUACAAUAUUAGCACCUGCCCAAGCCGCACCAGCAGUGACCCCACAAGAACAAGCCCGAAGAUUGCAGCACAGCUCCGUCAUGGACCGCGCUUCGACCAUGCUCAAGUACGACCAACCCAAAAUCUCAGACUUCCGCAGCAGCGUUUCGUCCUAUCGCACAUCCACCAUCACAGCCUCCCAACUCAUCGACUCCUUCUUCUCCCUCUUUGACGUUCCCUCGGCGGAUCUAGGCAAACUCAUCAAAGAACUUGCCGAUAUCUACGAAAAUGAAGCAAAGCGCAAUGGUCUGCUCAAGGCGUGGAAUGACUGGCGCGCCAUCAAUGAGGACUAUCCAUCAUUGCCAGGGCCGAGUGGUGUCUUACCUGGCUCUCCAGCCGCUGCUGCAGGUAGUGGAGGCCACCGAGUGCUCAAGCUGAAGAGCUCCACAGCUCAAUCAUCACGCUCGGCAGUUAGCAAACAAGGUAGCUGGGGCAAUUCCACGGCCGCGAACCCAUUCCCGUCGAUACCUGCAUCCUCGGCCAACAGAGCAGGCGCGGGACGCGUUGGCGCCACACCUUGGAUUGCCCCUUCCUCCUCAUCCAGACCCCCACCAGCAUCCUCGCGACCACUAUCCAGACCCUCAACCUCCGGCCAACAGAACGGUUCAGCGGCAGAUGCCUUCCCCGCGCUACCAGCCGCUGCAAAGCCCAACACCAUGAUCAUGGGACUAACGCGAGGGACUGUGCGGUGGGACGACGGGAGGGGAAGCAACAAUCGUGCUAAUCCGUGGGGGGCUGCGAAUGGUGGAAGUGGGAGUACCACUCCUGCGGCCGAGACAGACGGAGAGCCCGAAGCGGGCAAGAAAAAGGGCAAGGGGAAUAAGAAGCAGACUUUGUACAAAUUUGGUUAA